AUGCUACCCACCAAGCCCCAUCAGAUCAAGACGGCGCUCGUCUCGAUCACAUCGCUCUACGUUGCCGGUUGGGGCUUCUACUAUCUCGCGCAGGAGACGAUCCGCCGGCGAGAGCUCGCAUCGCGGAAACGCAAGUAUCCUUUGCGGGCUCCCCUUCUCCCACCGCACGCCAUCUCUGCCGGUGUACGCGUGGCGGAGCGUGUCGGCGUUCUUGCCCACACAAACUCGAAAGGCUCCUCGAGCAGCAGCAGUCCAGACCAGCUCGAGGCGAAGAAGAUCCUCAAGCAGCGUGGGCUACCUGAUGCUUCUGAGCACAAUGAGGAGGCCGAUGCAUUGUCACCACCCGCAACACCGACGCGCGGUCCCUCGUGGUACGGUGGCGCCACCGAUUCGGAGGUCUCCAGAAUACACCGGCGUUUCUCUUCGCUCAAAGUGCUCGGACGAUACGCCAACGUGGUUCCAGAAUGGCGCGAGCAGGGAGUUUGGGAAUGGGCGGCUUGGAAGCUCUGCUACAGCCUGUUCUACAAGCCUCGCAUCUGGUGGGAUGGUGGAUUCAAAGCCGAUCAGAAAACGCACGAAGGAAGGCAAAAGAUCGACAUGCUGCUACCGGUCGAGCGCAUCAAGUGGGAUCAACUCUUUGCCUCGUCUGGUACGGCUGCGACUGAUUCAAAUGGUCCGACACCGCCCGCUGUCCGUGAGGCUGCGCAAUCAUCUUUCACAUGGAUCGGCCAAUCGACGUGUCUGAUUCAGCUCGAAGGCGUCACCAUCCUCACAGAUCCCGUCUUCAGCAAACAGCCCGUCGUCAGUGUCUUCAGCCCAACGCGAAUGCGACCGAUGCCUUGCAACAUCCACGAGCUUGUCGCGAAUGCUGCCAUCGACGUGGUCUUGCUCACACAUAACCACUUUGACCAUCUCGACAUCCAUGUGCUGCCGCUCAUACCCAAGCGUGCGACAUUUAUCGUCCCCGUAGGACUCGCCCCUCUGCUCCAGCAGUACGGCGUGGAAGCCACACGGAUCGUCGAGCUCGACUGGUGGCAGCAGAGGAGGCUGCCUCUUUCGAUUCGAGUCGCGUCCAAAGACAAUGGCAGCAGCGGCGGCGAUACCACAACGAUCGAGCGGCGAAGAUGCUUCGACGUCACUGCUGUACCUGCUAGUCACUGGAGUGCCAGAACACCUCUUGAUACCAACACGACGCUCUGGAACUCGUACGCAGUCCGUGUCUAUACAGACGAUCAAGCGUCCACCGCCCCUCGUUCGUGCUCGCCAAGCUCUGCUGUAACCGAGCCUCGGUCGCUCUUCUUCUGCGGUGACACAGGUUACUCUCCAUCACUCUUCACCGCCAUUGGUCGCGCCCUUGGACCCUUCGAUGUGGCCUGCUUGCCUAUCGGUUCGUACGAGCCUCGUUGGCAUAUGCAGAUUCAGCACAUGCACGUCACCGAAUCAGUGCAGGUGACUCGUGACAUCGGCAGCAGACGUGCCUUUGCCAUGCAUUGGGGAACGUGGUCCAUGUCGGAUGAGACUUGGGACGACCCGUACUGGCAACUACACAAGGAACUUCGGCAGACCUCGGACGACCCAGAGCGUCUCCUUGCUGUUCCCUUCGGAAAGACGUUUUGGUUCUAG